CGAAUACGCUUUCAUUUGUUCUCAUUGUAUUUCAUUCAGCAGACUGAUCCAGUGCAAUAGCGUAUUAGGUUUAUUAUUUUCAGUCUUGUUACCAAGCUUAGCACAAUCUUAUAUCAAUGGUUUUAAGAAUUUUGAUAAAAGAAAUAGCAACUAAUCGAGAUAACAUUAGACGCGUUAUCAGUAAAAGCAAAGUUCAGCUAAUCGGCGGCUAUUACACUUGCAGGAGGUUGGUACAAGUGCGAAAGCUGUGUUCAUCGGUUAAUUCAGAGCGAGAAGCAGAGGAAAACAACGUCAUGGUCGAGUUUAACACUAUCAACCAGCCUUCCAAGCACGCUGAUUUGCUUAAUAAUGCCGACUACUUCCCCAAGAUGCCAAGUAGUGGCCCGCUGGCCAAAUACCGCCAACAAGCGACCAUCGACUGGCGUAAGGUUAGGCUAGCAUUAAACGAUGAGGCUUCUCUAGAGCUGCAACACAAGGCUUGGGAUUUCAUUCAGAACCACCCACUGUUUACUCGUCCCAACCGUACGCUUACGAUGGAUGAAAGUCGACAUUUGGCAACGAAACGGAUGUACGUGAUGCAUGAUGCAAAUUUAUUCGGUAUCGAUAAACUACUCGAGCGACCGGAUUUUAUGGGUUUUUUCAAUCACGUGCUGAUGGCAUAUGAACCAAGUUUUGUGAUCAAACUAUCGCUGGGAUUCGGUAUGUUUUCCGCUGUCAUUCAAGCACUUGAUGUUGGUCGUCUGACGCAUCUCAUUGAGCAAAACCAGCGAGGAGAGAUCUUGGGAGCUUUUGGAUUAACAGAAAUUUCACAUGGAACCAACGCUAAGGGAAUGCGCACAACAGCUACUUACGAUACCAAAAACAAGGAAUACGUGUUGAACACGCCAGAUUUUGAAGCUGCCAAAUGCUGGAUUGGAAAUUUGGGAAAAACCUGUACACAUAUGGUUUGCUACGCACAGUUGUACACCGAAGACGGAAAACAUCAUGGCUUAAAUGCGUUUGUAGUUCCAAUUAGAGAUACGAAAACAUUGAAUGCUUAUCCUGGAGUAAUUGUCGGUGAUCUUGGAGAGAAAGCUGGUUUGCAUGGUGUAGACAACGGUUUCGUCAUGUUCCGAAACUAUCGGAUUCCAAGGGAUUACUUGCUUGCCAAAACUGGAGAUGUUACUGAAGAUGGUGAGUUCGUGUCGCCCUAUAAGGAUGAGAGUAGACGUUUCGGUGCAUCACUAGCAGCCCUCUCCGGUGGGAGAGUUGGAAUUUGCGGAAUCGCAAAUCUGUAUUUAACAAAGGCCAUCAGUAUUGCGACUCGAUAUUCUGCCAGUCGAAAGCAGUUCGGUCCGGACGACAGCUCGGAGGAGUAUCCCGUUCUCGAGUAUCAAUCGCAACAGUAUCGAUUGUUUCCUCAUCUAGCAACUGCCUUCACACUUAAGAUUUUCACCCUAUGGCUUUCAAAAGUCUACGGUGACGCUUUCAUUAAAUCAAUCAUGCAAGGUGAGCGAAACGAGCUAUUGGGAAUGGAAAUCCACGCGCUGUCAUCGGCUGCCAAGCCGGUUUGCACGUGGGCCGCUAGAGAUGGUAUUCAAGAAUGCCGAGAAGCAUGCGGCGGCCAUGGAUUUCUUAAAUUGUCGACGAUAGGAGAACUGCGAAAUGACAACGAUCCUAACUGCACCUAUGAAGGUGAAAAUAAUGUGCUCAUACAGCAAACUUCCAACUGGAUACUGAACAUUAGAUCCAAGGGCUAUGAAAAGUUUGCAGAAGUGUCACCACUUGGAACUGUAGCAUUUCUUAAAGAUACUGUGAAUAUACAAAAAUCUAAAGCAACGUGGAAAACUCCGAGCGACGCAGUUGAGAUUCAAGGUCUGCUCAAGGCAAUGGAUUGGUUGGUCGCAUACCUGUUAGAGGAAACUCACAAUAAACUUGUGGCAUUCAAACAAAACGGAAAAUCUUCCUUUGAUUCAAGAAAUGAUAUACAAACUUUCUAUGCUAGAACUUUGUCCAUAGCAUACGGAGAGCGACUAAUGUUAUUCGUAGCGGAUAAGUUCCUCAAAAAUCUUGAAGAAGGAGCGGAGAAAGUGGCUCUGACACGCUUGGUUUCUCUGUACGGUGCCAACGUAGUACUCAAGUAUACCGGAAGUUUCUACCAAGGUGGUUAUUUCAGCAAAGUUCCGAAUGCACUCAAUCUGCUGCAACAGGGUUACCUCGUGCUGUUGCCACUGAUAAAGACUGAAGCCAUUUCGCUAGUUGAUGCUGUGGCACCGCCUGAUUUUGUAUUGAAUUCCCCGCUAGGUAUGAGCGACGGUGAAGUUUAUAAGCACAUGGAGUCCGCCAUUCUACAGGCGCCGGAAGCCUUGGAACGGCCCAAAUGGUGGAUGGAUGCCGUUUAUAGGGAAUAUAUUAAGGCUAAGUUAUAACAACUGCCCAUGUGGUGAGAGUCAUUUGAACUGGUUAUUGUUUAAUGUAUGUUUGGUUAUUGGUUAAAUCGGAGGAAAGAAUAAAC